UUUUAAAGUAGAAAACAUAUUUUUUAAUUUGGGCCUUCAACUUACGACGAAAUCGAAGGUGUCAUGGAGCGGCGCGGCGUUGGCAAGCGACUAACGGACGGCCAACGUGUGGAGAUCCUCAAGCUAUUCCAGAGCGGAGCAGCCGUAACUGAGGCGGAUGUGGCGCGGCGCUACGGCGUCACGCGCUCAGCCAUCUGGCGUCUACGACGCUCGGGCCAACAUAUUCUGGAGCGAUACCAAGAGGGCGACCUGCAGUCGCGCGAUGAACGCCGCCGCGGUGCCAAGAACAACAGUGUGCCUAACAGACGCACCGAAACUUCUGUCUCUUCCGAAAUGCUGCCGUCCCCAGCGUUCGCAAUGCCGAGUACCAGCCCGCUGCGGCCCAUUCCGACCCCCGUGCCGCUGGGUGCGGCCAUCCAGACCGAACAAGCCCAACAGCAGCAGACUCACAGGCUGGAAGUCAUGACGCCGCUCAUCUACAUGUCUGCCAAGGCCAUCAGCAGCGUCCAGUCGCCCGGAGUUAUGAACUGGGAGCGUCUGAGCGGCCACGAAGAUGAGGAUAUCUUUGAGGUGGUGAAUGACGGCAUCUCUGUCCUGCACGAGGGCAAUUAUCAGAUCAACGUGGACUUACAGCACAGCCAGCCAAGACAGAACUACAAAGUCGUCUUCAAGGUCUGGCAUGACAAGGCACUACUGGCCCAGUGCUCGUGUCCUCUGCGUACCAAGAAGGAAAUUUCACUCAGCUUACUGGAGAUGCGCUGUCAACUGCCGGCUCUGGCCAAGGUGCGCGUCGAGUUUUUGGCGCCCGGAUUUGCCUUCCACGAGAGCCGCAUCGUGCUGCAUCUCGUGCAGUAGCCUGGGGUCUAGCGAAUCCGGCGCUAGCUACUCUCCUAACGCAGCACAAUGAAGGCUAGCCACAAGGCCAGAGUGUAUGAAAGAGAAGUAUUUGGUUACGUUGGUGCUCACGGGGUACAUUACAUUAGCUCUAGCGCUAGUGGUGGUUGAUACAUCGCUUCGCUAGCGCAGUCGGCAAGCGGAAGAACGCAAUCACGGUUAUUAGGAUGCCAAAAUACUGGGAAAUAUGCGCUUGCUUGAUGCCGAAGACAGCGUCCGUACAAGAAUCUCGCCCACCGUGGCAGGCGCGUUCUGCACAAUCUGGUAACCGUAAAGGUACUGCGACGUAUCACUUGCCGUCAGGAUAUCAAAGAGGUGAUCGGUGGAGCACUUGCCGAAGGUAGUGGCUUCGCGCACCGAGAACGAGUAACGAAUUAAUGCGAUAGCACAAAGCCACUUGUGCCUUGAGAGUUCUGUAUUGUCGGAGGGUUGAAGCCCGUGGCCACGAAGCAUACGGUGCUGGACAAGAUGCCGGUAACAGCGUCGACUUCGACAUUGGGCAAUUCAAAAACACCGGCAGGUGGCCCAUGCACGCUUGAAGAAAAUAAAUAAUAGCACCACGUUAAUCCAGUACACGACACCGUCAGCGAAACUCUGGAGACCUAGUAGAUGAUCGUGAACAGCUGUACACUCACGAACGCGUACGGGAGUUUGAUGAUCGGAAGCUGACAAAGAACCAGAGGGCAUUUGUACGUUUGCGACGCGAUAGAACGCAGAUUGCUCCUCGAAAACUAUGGGCAACAUACUGAUGAAGGAUACCAUAACGACGAACCCAGUGGAAAUGAACACCAUACCGACCAAGCCCACUGGUCGAAAAUAACUGGAAACGUGCGCCUCGUACUCACGUUGGCCCCCACCAACUAGCUCGGGUCAUCUAAACGAAUUUCAGGUUCAAACGAUGAUGCUGUCCUCGGCAGAGGUAACAGCGAAGUGCGACACCGGUGGUUCUAGGAGCUUCAGCCUCGACUGGGUUUAGACUUCAGCAACAUAACCUCUACAUCGAGUCGGCAUGGCUUCAUCCGGGGACGUUUCAAGCAAACUAUAAAGAACACGUUACCAUGGUCAAAACGUAGCUCGUCAGUAGAGAAUCUCAACAGAUUUUAUCCGGAUAUUCUCUAUCCAAAACAUUACCAUUUUUUCGCUUUGUCCAAA